AUGUACGCGGAAGUUGCGGCGAAUUCGGUGGCUGGUCGCAAACUCGGCGAAAGGCCGAAACCGCCAACGCCGUCGAAUUACUCGUGGGCACAAGCCGUAGCCCAGCAGCAUCGCCUCAGUUAUAUGCGUAUACUUUCGGGUUGCGGUAAUCUUGACGGCACGGAAAUAGCCGAAUGCAUGUCGGCGACGUUUCACAUAUGCGAAAAAGGAAUGAUUCCAAUGUUUUAUGCCCCCGACAUGGACAUGUGCGAAGUGAUCGAUCAUUACACGAAAGAGCCCGAUUGUAAUUCUGGUCCUAGAAAUGUAUUAGUUGAAUCUGCGAGAUUAGCUCGUUUUUGUAUCCAACCUUUAUGCGAAUGUGAAGCUUGUCAUCACAGUGGUUUAAUACUUCCUGGAGGAUUUGGUGCUGUUAGGACAUUAAGCGAUUUCGCUACCAAAGGAUGCGAUUGUACGGUGAUACCUGACCUAGAAAAAUUGAUACGAGAUUUCACCUGCGGAAAAAAACCAAUAGGUUCUAUUUGCAUAGCAAGUGUUCUACUUGCUCGAGUUUUACAAGGCGUUAAAAUAACUCUCGGUAAAGAUUGCUCGCUUGAUGAUUGGCCGUACGCGGAAGCGAUUACCAUAGCAAAACAAAUGGGUGCGAAGGUGGAGAUGAAGGAUGUGAAGGGGGUUACGAGGUGUAAAAAAUACAAAGUUUUCAGUACACCUGCAUGGAUGUACAAACCUGGAACGUACGCGGAAAUAAAUGCCGGCAUCGGGAAACUCAUCACGAUGUUAAAGAAGUGCAUUCGACAGUGAAAGUUUCCGUGUGUUGGAAAGUUGCUCGAUU